GUGCGAGAGAGGAGGCCAGACAGCGUGACGGAGGGAGGAAGAGUCAGCCGGGAAAACGUCGAAGUCGCCACUCAAUACCAGCCGAUAAGCAGACCUGAGAGUCCUUAAAAUCCACAGAAAUUCACAGACUCCAUCUGGACCCCCACAGAUCCACACCACUCCUCUGGUCCUCACAUCUCCUGGUCCUCAGGUCUUCCUGUCUUCAGGCCCUUCAGACUACAGAGCAAAAUGUCUGUCAGUUCACCAAAAGACAAGUAUCUGGCCGUCUGGUUGAUCUUCUUCAUGCUCGGUUUGGGGACGUUGCUUCCAUGGAACUUCUUCAUGACGGCCACGGCGUACUUCACUAGCCGUCUGAAGGAUCCCUCAUUGGUGGACCGCUCGGCCAAUGAGACGGAGGCGGCGGGCGACUCUCGCAGCGUCCUGGAGGCCAAGUUCAACAACGUGAUGACGCUGUGCGCCAUGGUGCCGCUGCUGCUGUGCACCUGCCUCACCUCCUUCCUGCACUCGCUGAUCCCCCAGCGCCUGCGUGUGAUGGGCAGCCUGGCCGUCAUCUUGCUGGUCUUCAUCAUCACCGUCGUCCUCAUCAAAGUCCCCAUGGAGCCACUGCCCUUCUUCUCCAUCACCAUGGUGAAGAUUAUCAUCAUCAACUCCUUUGGUGCGGUGCUGCAGGGCAGUCUGUUUGGGAUGGCCGGCCUGCUGCCAGCUUCCUACACCACUCCCAUCAUGAGUGGCCAAGGACUCGCCGGCACGUUUGCUGCCUUCGCCAUGAUCUGCGCCAUCGCAAGCGGAUCUGAAAUUAACGAUGCUGCAUUUGGUUAUUUUAUCACUGCCUGUGGGGUCAUUUUUCUCUCCAUCCUUUCCUACGUCUUGCUGCCUAAACUGGAGUUCUUCCAGUUUUACCAGCAGAGGAAGCAGAGGUCUGACGAGAACGCCGUCGGUUUGAUGCAGAAAGAGAGUAAAGACCAAGCAGAUGAUCAAACCAGACCACAGAAGGUGUCGGUGCUGAAUAUCUUUAAGAAGAUCUGGCUGCUGGCCUUUUCCGUCUGCUUCACCUUCAUCGUCACCCUCGGCACUUUCCCGGCCGUCACCGCGGACACACGCUCCUCGCUCGCUGAUGGAGGCUCCUGGAAACAAUACUUCAUCCCUGUCAGCUGCUUCCUGCUCUUCAACAUUUGUGACUGGAGUGGGCGGAGCUUAACAGCAUUCUUCAUGUGGCCAAGUAAAGACAGUUGGAUCCUCCCGGUGUUCAUCUUGUGUCGUGUGGUCUUCGUUCCGCUCUUCAUGCUCUGCAACGUUCAGCCCCGCUUCUACCUGCCCGUCUACUUCCACCACGACGGCUUCUUCAUCGCCUUCAUCGUGCUCUUCGCCUUCAGCAAUGGAUACCUGGCCAGCCUGUGCAUGUGCUACGGACCAAAGAACGUUCUUCCUCAUGAGGCUGAAACAGCUGGAGCGAUCAUGGCCUUCUUCCUGUCUCUGGGCCUGGCUUUGGGAGCGGCUCUGUCUUUCUUCGUCAGAGUGCUGGUCUGAACAAAAACAGCUAGUUAACUCAUCUCUGGACCUGGAAGCAAUUAUCACAUCUGUCUGUUUAUAUUAAUAAUAAUACAUUUAUUUAUGUUCCUCAUAUUCCUUUUUUCAUAUGAGUGGUGUUCAGUGUGUUUCAGGCCUCCUCUGGGAGGCGCCAGAAAGCAACUUUAGCAGCAGUAAUUCAUAUACUGCAUAUAUGGAUUUGGGGCAAUUUUGGAUGAUGAAUCCUGAUGAGUGGAGUAUAAAAGUGUAAAUAAUUUAAUUAAAACACGUUUCAUGAUCAUCGUGUGCGGAGACACAUUCAAGGUUUCAAUGGGGUUCAGUGCAAAAUCGUAACCGUUACAACAGUUACACACCAUGAGAGAAAUAUUUAAUUGGCAGGAGAAAAGUUCAGCUUUUGUUGUGUAGAAAUUAAAAUGUCUGUUAACAAUAACAAUAACAUUUCUUUGGUGAAACACAAUAGGAAGUAGCUGUUCUGCCAAAGGUUUACUUGGUGUGAGACAAAGUAUGAGUGAAUUCUCACAGUGUUCAUAGAGAGUGAUAGAGAGAUAGAAGUGGACAUCAGUUUUAAAAUGUUUCCAUUUCAAUUCUUAACUUUUCUGAAAUGAAAACAAAAAAAUUGAUGCGUUUUCACUUCAAACGUAGUCAUGUAAACAGGGCCUAAAACUGAUGACGUGUGAGCAGGUUGUUUUUAAUAAAAAUUUUGACCUUGUUCUUUCAUUCUUUGUUGUUGUUUUAAUGUUUUCUAACAUGUUUUGAGAAGGACUUUUACUUUAUCAAGUACAGACAGGAAGUCCCCAGUGCCAUGGUCUGAAGGCAGCAGUUUGUCUCACGUUCAAAGUAAAAUCUCUUCUGGCUGCUCCUCGGUGCCUCGGCUGAGCCCAGCUGCUUUUAUUUUAGCAGGCGGAGCAGGAGUGUUGAAUAUCAGGGUUAAAAAUAAAGUGCACAGU